AUGCUGACUCAGAGUCCACGCGGCCCGUUUCACCCACAUAUAAAGAAGGCAAUCGUCAUUUCGCCGGCAUCGCUUAUCCAGCUCUGGGCCAAAGAGGUCAAGAAAUGGCUCGGACAGGCGAGACUGCGGCCAACAGUUGUCAUUGAAAAUUCCAAAAAGCAAACUGAUUUUUUGAUUCAAAACUUUGCCACUCGAGUCGACGAAAAGCUGUUGAUCAUCUCCUACGAGCAAAUCCGGGUCAACUUCUCAGCCUUGGAACACGUGAGCUUCGACUUGAUGGUUUGCGACGAGGGGCACAGACUCAAAAAUCCCUCUGCUAAGAUCACACAGUGCAUUUCUAGCCUGAAAUGUUCACAUCGCAUCAUCCUUACGGGUACCCCUUUUCAAAACAACCUCUCCGAGUAUCGAGCGCUGGUAGAAUUUGUUAAUCCCGGAUUUUUGGGAACUAUCGAAGAAUUUAGAAAAUCCUAUGAAAGACCUAUUUUAGCCGCCAGAGGACCUGAUUCAGACCAGGAAUCCAUCCGAUUUGGCCUGCACCAAUUAGAUGAGCUCAUAAAACGCACAUCGACCUUCAUUCUCAAAAGGACGAGCAAAGUCUUAGAGGCAUUUCUACCUCCAAAAAUCGAACAAAUCGUAUUUUGUCUUCCGACUUGCGCCCAAGUGGAAUUCUAUCGGUCCGUGCUGUCUCAUUUGAGCUACGACGAACAAAACGUCCUCCAGAACAUAACUAAGCUCAUGAAGAUCUGUAACCAUCCAGAACUCGUUCUUCCGAAGGAAAGUGCAAUGUCGGAUUGCCUUCUUGACGAAAUAGAUGCAUCUUUUCUCCAGCUCUUAAGCAGCGCUUCCGAUUCUAGAAUCUCCACUCAUACACCAUACCAGCGGUUCUCAUUUUCUCCAGAAUUGUCCGGAAAGAUGAUCGUCUUGGCGCAGCUCGCGCAAGCCAUUCGGGCCGCGACGACCGAUAAGCUCGUCGUUCUGUCGAGCUUUACCAAGACGCUCGACGUUCUGCAAAAGAUGUUCGAGUCAUGCGGCUGGAAGUGUCUUCGACUAGACGGGAAUACGGAGCUGUCCGAAAGAAGUCAGUUGGUCGACCGCUUUCAAUGCGACACCUCCAUAUUCAUUUUUCUGCUCUCUACGAAGGCCGGCGGUGUCGGCCUAAACCUGUGCUCCGCCAAUCGACUCGUUCUCUUUGACAGCGCUUGGAAUCCUGCGUUCGACUCACAAGCUCUGGCGCGCGUUUGGAGAGAUGGACAAACCAAAACGACAUGGAUCUACCGGCUAUUGUCCACCGGCAUGAUCGACGAAAAGAUAUUCCAGAGACAACUGAUGAAAAACGACAUUGGCGAACUCAUCUUAGAACAAGACGGCCGUCACUGCUUUCCUUCCUCUCAAAAAAAAAAAUGUCCAAAUUCCGAUAAAAGACCUAAUUUUAACCAAUCUCGGCUGCCGACUUCUUUCGCUUCUCGGCUAUCUAUCGAAGACCUCAAGGAUAUCUUCAGCUUGAAUUGCGACACCCGAUGCGACACGCACGAUAUUUCUGGAUGCCGGUGCGAGCUAUCCCAACUAAAAAAAAGCAGCCACAAACUCAGCAAAACCGCUUUUCGCAAGUCGACAAACAAAGUUCGAGAAGAAAACAUCGGAGACUGGGUACAUUACGCGAACCCACUCGACUGUCAAGACGAGAUCAUCAAAUCAAUUGCUGCCUCCAAACCCAUAACAAAAAGAGCCGACGACAUUCUGGAAGCAGAAGGAAUCAUAUCUUUCAUCUUUUCAAAAUCAACGACGAAUCACACAUCCUACACCCCCAGCUCUGAUGCACGUUCGCAAACACAGCACGUAUAA